AUGCUUGCUGCUAAAAACAUACUAAACAAGUCCAGCUUGUCCAACUCAUUCCGCAUUGCCACGCGUUUGCAGUCGACCAAGGUCCAAGGUUCUGUCAUCGGUAUCGAUUUGGGUACUACGAAUUCUGCGGUGGCUAUCAUGGAAGGUAAAGUUCCAAAGAUUAUUGAAAACGCUGAAGGUUCGAGAACGACUCCCUCCGUGGUGGCGUUCACUAAGGAAGGGGAGCGCCUGGUCGGUAUUCCUGCUAAGCGUCAAGCUGUUGUGAACCCAGAAAAUACCCUAUUUGCUACCAAGCGUUUGAUUGGUCGUCGUUUCGAAGACGCUGAAGUGCAAAGAGACAUCAAGCAAGUUCCAUACAAGAUCGUCAAGCACUCCAACGGGGAUGCUUGGGUGGAAGCCAGAGGUCAAACCUACUCCCCAGCCCAGAUUGGUGGGUUCGUCUUGAACAAGAUGAAGGAAACAGCUGAGGCCUACUUGGGUAAACCAGCCAAGAAUGCCGUUGUCACCGUCCCAGCCUACUUCAACGACUCUCAAAGACAGGCCACCAAGGACGCCGGUCAAAUUGUUGGUUUGAACGUUCUACGUGUCGUUAACGAACCAACUGCUGCUGCUUUAGCUUACGGUUUGGAGAAAUCUGACUCCAAGGUCGUUGCCGUUUUCGAUUUGGGUGGUGGUACUUUCGAUAUUUCCAUCUUGGAUAUUGACAACGGUGUCUUCGAAGUCAAAUCUACCAACGGUGACACUCAUUUGGGUGGUGAAGAUUUUGAUAUCUACUUAUUGAGAGAAAUUGUUUCCCGUUUCAAGUCCGAAACUGGUAUCGAUUUGGAAAACGACCGUAUGGCCAUUCAAAGAAUCAGAGAAGCCGCCGAAAAGGCCAAGAUCGAAUUGUCUUCUACCGUUUCCACAGACAUCAACCUACCAUUUAUCACUGCCGAUGCCUCCGGUCCAAAGCAUAUCAACAUGAAGUUCUCCAGGGCCCAAUUUGAGACUUUGACCGCCCCAUUGGUCAAGAGAACCGUCGACCCAGUCAAGAAGGCUUUAAAGGACGCUGGUUUGUCCACUUCCGACAUCGCUGAAGUCUUGUUAGUCGGUGGUAUGUCUAGAAUGCCUAAGGUCGUCGAGACUGUCAAGUCCUUGUUCGGGAGGGACCCAUCCAAGGCCGUUAACCCAGAUGAAGCUGUUGCUAUUGGUGCUGCUGUGCAAGGUGCUGUCUUGUCCGGUGAAGUCACGGAUGUCCUAUUGUUGGAUGUCACCCCAUUGUCUCUAGGUAUUGAGACUUUGGGUGGUGUUUUCACAAGAUUGAUUCCAAGAAAUACUACCAUUCCAACAAAGAAAUCCCAAAUUUUCUCCACCGCCGCUGCUGGCCAAACUUCUGUUGAAAUCAGGGUUUUCCAAGGUGAAAGAGAAUUGGUUAGGGACAACAAAUUAAUUGGUAACUUCACUUUGGCCGGUAUCCCACCUGCUCCAAAGGGUGUCCCACAAAUUGAAGUCACUUUCGACAUCGACGCUGAUGGUAUCAUCAAUGUUUCUGCCAGAGACAAGGCCACAAACAAGGACUCUUCCAUCACUGUCGCUGGUUCUUCCGGUCUAUCUGAAAACGAAAUCGAACAAAUGGUUAACGAUGCUGAAAAGUUCAAAUCUCAAGAUGAAGCUAGAAAGCAAGCCAUUGAAACCGCUAACAAGGCUGACCAAUUGGCCAAUGACACCGAAAACUCUUUGAAGGAAUUCGAAGGUAAGGUUGACAAGACUGAGGCCCAAAAGGUCAAGGACCAAAUCACCUCAUUGAAGGAAUUGAUCGCUAGAGUACAAGGUGGUGAAGAAGUUAAUGCUGAAGAAUUGAAGACUAAGACCGAGGAAUUGCAAACUUCCUCAAUGAAAUUGUUCGAACAAAUUUACAAAAACGAUUCCAACAACAACAACAACAACAACAACAACGGCAGCAAUGACAGCAGCAACAACACCGAAUCCGGUGAAACUAAGCAGUAA